GGCUCCAGUAAUCACAUUAGUGAUUUUGUCUGUGAAUCUAUCAGGUGUCUCAAACUUUCAGACUAUAAAAUUGGUAUAAAUGACUUACUUCCUGAUUCCAUGUGUCUCAAAUAUAUCAAAGCAGGUGUUGCCAUCUAUCUAGACAUAAAUCAUGAUGCUCUAUUCAUGUUUGAUAAUAGUAGCAAUCAUGGUUCAUUUGCUGAAGAUGCCCUUUUGGUCUCGCAAAUGGGUAUGAAAGAUGGUACAAAAAAACUACUUCUUCGUGAUAGUACAAUGCCUGAUGGUUCCAAGCAUAUAAUGAUCUAUAUAGACAAUGCUAAUGUAAAAAGGCCUAAAGGAAUUAAACAGGUUCUUGAAGAAAGAGAUUCUGUUAGUUUAUUAAAAAUUCACCACUUUGCUCGCUAUUCUGAACGAUUUAUGAGUGCUUAUGAACUUGGACUUUCUGGAAAAGCUGCUAACUUUGCAGUAAAGAAGUAUUGUUCUCAUCGUCAAAUUCCAGAACAAGUUCUUGAAGAAUUCGCUCAUGAUUAA